CUGCUAGAUUUCCCGAAAAAGGAUGAACCGCAUAUUUACUAAAGCUUGGAAGACAUUUUCAGGGUUGACUAACUGUCAUAAUUUGAAAAUACAUUAUUACAUAGGAUGUUCGAGGAAGUAUGCUUCAUCAGGUGCAACCAAGCGUACUUGUUUGUAUGACUUCCAUUGUAAAAAUGGUGCAAAGAUGGUGCCAUUUGGGGGAUGGGAGAUGCCAGUUACAUAUGCACAACAAGGGCUUUCAACUUCCCACUUGCAUGUUCGAUCAGAAGUAGGAUUAUUUGAUGUCUCCCACAUGUUGCAGACAAAAUUUACUGGGAAGGACAAUGUGGCCUUCAUAGAGAGUCUGGUUGUAGGGGAUGUAGCAGCACUAAAGGAGAACCAGGGAACACUGUCUCUUCUCACCAAUACUACAGGAGGGAUCAUUGAUGACUUGAUUGUUGCUAAAACUCACCAAGGAUAUAUUUACGUGGUUUCUAAUGCAGGAUGUGCUGAAAAGGAUUUAGAUCAUAUAAAGAAAAAUCUUGCGGAGUCGCAGAGUAAAGGCAUGGAUGUUGACAUGGAAGUGAUAGACAAUGGACUCCUUGCUCUUCAAGGUCCUAAGAUGGCUCAAGUGCUUCAAACUGGAGUUGACUUUGACCUUUCUACUCUUCCAUUUAUGACAAACACCCUGGCAACAGUAUUUGGAAUCCCUGAAUGUAGAGUGACAAGGUGUGGUUACACAGGAGAGGAUGGUGUGGAGAUAUCAGUGUGUGCUGAUAGGGCAGAAGAACUUGCCAGUGCUCUGUUGAGUUCUAAGGAAGCAAAAGUAAACCUGGCUGGUCUAGGUGCUCGAGACAGUCUUCGUCUAGAGGCUGGCUUGUGUCUCUAUGGCAAUGAUAUUGAUGAAGAGACCACUCCAGUUGAAGCGAGCCUUUUAUGGACUAUUGGUAAGCGGCGGAGAGCAGAGGCCAACUUUCCUGGAGCUGAUAUUAUCUUACAACAGAUAAAGGACAAACCAAAAUCAAAACGUGUUGGUUUUCUGUCGACUGGUGCACCUGCCAGAGCUGGCACUGUUGUGUAUGAUGAGGCUGGAGAAAAAGUGCUUGGUAAACUGACCAGUGGAUGCCCUUCACCUUCCCUUAACAAAAAUGUCUCCAUGGGCUACAUCGACACGCCAUAUGCAAAAGUUGGAACCAAUGUCAAAUUUGAAAUCAGGAAAAAACUUAUUAAUGCAACAGUCUCAAAAAUGCCUUUUGUUCCUGCAAAUUAUUUCACAUGAAUAAAUAUCACAUUUCUACCUCUUUAGCAUUUUGCCUUCAGAUAAAUGUAAAGUUACAUUUAUUUUUCUCACCACAAUGUGCUUGUCAUCUAUUUUUCAGCAUUUCUCCAGCUGUGAUUUUUUGUUUCUCGUUUUCAACUGAAUUUUUUAUAGUAAUAAAUGUUCAAUUAAUUUUAAGCAAAUAUUUCCCUCACAUUACCAUGGAAUUUCUUCCUUGCUGACAAUAAACCUAAUUAUCUAAAAAGCAGAAUAGUACCAGUAUUAACAGUUUACUGAAGGAUUGAAUAAUAUUAUAUAGAGGUUUAUGGGGUAUAAACCUCAAGGAACUUGAGACAAAUUUUAUGUUAGUUAAUAUAUUCACAGUUCUUAUAAAAAAAAUGUCCCAAGGCUCAUAUGAGGUUUAUACACCAUAAACCUCAACAUAACAUCUUAUCCAAUCCUUAUAUUUGUAUUUAGUCUGAUUUUGAAACUUUUCUUGUGAGUUCAUAGCAAAACAGGUCUUGUGCAAGCUUAUCAUGAAACUUGUCGAAACAUGCAUGUACAUCUUCCCACUUCAGCCUAAUGAUUUUUUUUGGAACUUUUAUCUGAAACGCAAACUAAUUCAUAGAAAGGAAUUCAUUUUGUAUAGACACAAUCAGUUUUACAAAAUAAAUAAAAAGAAAAAAAUGAUCCCAUGCUCGGUGGAGCAACUGACAGUAAUGAUAAUUCCUUAAAGGGGAAACAACAUGGUAGAUAGAUGUGUGUGAAGUUCACUUCAUUUCUCUCUCACACUCACAAUGGAAAGAGCAUUUGCUGAAUGUUGAAAUUGACUGAAAUGCAGCCAUACUUCAUACAAGUAGGUCUUGAAGCAAAGAGAGAUUGUUCAAGCUGAUGCCAACUGGAAAAUACAUCGAAAAGUAUGUGCCAAUUAUCUUGGUAGAUAUAAUGAAUCCAAGUUCAAUGGAUAUAGAAAUAUGUAUUUGUGUUAGAAAUUAUUGUUUUCAAAGCAACAAGUGUACAAAAAAUAUGUGCGGUUGAAUAUUCUGAGAAAUGAAGAGUAGAAGUUUUCUAUUGUGUGAUAUUUUGGGUCAUUGUUGAUCAGCAGAGAAAAUUUCAUGUAACAAACUAUGUGUUUACAUAGAAGCUGACUUAUCUUAAUUCUUAUACUUAAAAUGUCAAUAUAUAUAUAAUCUUUUCA